CUGAUCUGUGACGUGUCCUCGUGGCUCCGCCCUCUCUCAAAAUGGAGUUGUCGGAUUCGGUGCAGAAUGGGCUCCAGACUCUCGGCGAAGCGUCCGCUGUGGAUCACGCCGUCUUCCCGGCUCUGGUCAACGUCUGCUUUCGCUCUCUGCUCUCUCCCGGUCAGGACGCGGACUUGCUGGACGAGCCCCAACUGAAGCAGGUUGAGAGGGUCCUGCUGAAGCGGGUGCACGCUGCGACCACCACAUUCAUCCUGGAGGCAGUAAGACAAAACGCAGAUGAGUCCACGAUAAGCUCCUGCCUUGAGGAGCUGUCAUUCAGUUCGGAAAGAAUCGAAAUAUUCUAUAGCUGCUAUCAGGUGAGGAGGACAACACAAACAUCGUUUUGUAAUUAUUGCCUCGAUCAACUUGUAUUUCGUGUUUUAUUUUUUAAUUCACAGAAACACAAAAAGGAGUUAGAAGGAUUAUUAGCAAGCAUUGGAAGGCGACCAGCUCACAUCAGUGACGUGUCAUGGCGCCUCCAAUAUCAAGUGAAGAAUGGACUGGUAGAUAAAGUCAACGAGCCUUUCUACUUAAUAUCACUCAACACCGAGAAUAAAGGUCGUUCCGAGGACAUCAACUUUACCUGCAGUAUGGAGCAGUUACAGGACAUGGUUGGCAAGCUGAAGGACGCAGCCAAGAGCGCAGAAAAAGCCAGUCAGAUCCGCAGCCAGGCGAGCCCGGCACACAGGUACGUGCUCCCGGCAUCGCCUCAGCUUCGUCACGGCACGCAGCGCGGUUCUGCCGCGGAUCUUUUUGCGGCUCUCCCGCCCCCUUCUGCGCUGAUCCAGCGGCGGAUGUUGAGGCUUUCGUCGGUGCGGCGAGCAACCGACGUGGAGCUCCGUCUCCUUUUGCUCAUCAUGCAUCGGACGACGAGGAUCAAGAUUACCGAGCUCAACCCUCACCUCAUGUGCGUCCUAUGCGGGGGUUACUUCAUCGACGCCACCACUAUCAUCGAAUGUCUACACUCAUUUUGCAAAAUGUGCAUCGUCCGUUACCUGGAAACCAGCAAAUAUUGUCCAAUCUGUGACGUGCAAGUGCACAAAACAAAGCCUCUGCUCAACAUUAGGUCUGAUAAAACUCUGCAGGACAUCGUGUAUAAACUGGUCCCGGGCCUGUUUAAAAAUGAAAUGAAGAGGAGAAGAGACUUUUAUGCUGAACACCCUGUGGAAGCUUCUAAUGGCUCCAAUGAAGAUCGAGGCGAGGUGGCAGAUGAGGACAAGAGAAUAAUCACUGAUGAUGAGAUCAUCAGCCUCUCUGUUGAGUUCUUUGACCAGAGUUCCAGACUGACAGGGGGACUUGAAGAAAAGCAUUCAAGCAAAGAUCAGAUGGCAAACAAAAGAUACCUGCAGUGUCCAGCAGCAAUGACCAUCAUGCAUCUGAGGAAAUUCCUCCGAAGCAAAAUGGACAUCCCCAACACUUACCAGGUAGAAGUCAUGUAUGAAGACGAACCCCUGAAAGAUUACUACACUUUAAUGGACAUAGCGUAUAUCUACACUUGGAGAAGGACGGGCCCACUUCCGCUUCAGUACCGAGUCCGACCAAGCUGCAAAAAGCUGAAGGUGAACCACAGCCAGCAGGGGGUCACCAACCGCUCCGGACCGGAGAGCGACUCUGCCAGCGACAAAGCCGGAAGUCCCGCAGGAGCGCCGUCCACGUCCUCCUCCCUGCCGAGCCUUGGCGACCCUGAGCAGUCCCCUCUGCCUCCCCCUCGCGCCACCCCCGGGAAAAACGUGAACGGGACUCCAGCAGUGGCCCCCGCGACCCCCAGCCGCCCUUUCGUACAGAUCGGUGAUACCAACGGCGGCGGAAAGCCCCGGAAAGUUUCGCUGAAUGGCUCAGCGACCUCGUCCGGAUGACGACACCAAGUGGACCGGACCGGACCGGCCAGCCCAGCGCCAGACACCGUUACCAUGCCAUGAUAGAACCAUUGUAUCAUAGUCUCUUUUGCUCGUCAGCCAGACGUUUUAUGGCAAUGUGUCAUUUCUGUAGUGCGUUUCAAAAGAAAAGGGGAGUGGGAGGGAAUGGGGCCGGCGAUGAAGUGAAGCAUUUAGAACUUUUGUAAUGCUGGAUCUUUAUUUACAGAGAACGAAGAAAACAAACAAACAAUCGCCCCAUUUUCAUAAACAAAAGGCGUUGCUUCUCGUGUGUGAAGAUUUUAAAUGCAUGGUCAUGACACCUUUUUAUGCUCUGGAGCUCUCUGCCCACGUUUUAAUUCGUUGUUUUUAGGAGGAAAAUGACACAUUUUAACCGUUCUAGAAGCCACGUAUAAAAAUAUACAGAAAAUAAUUUUCAAUCAACAGUGGUGUUUUUCCGUUGAAAAAAAAACCGCUCCGGUUUCUGGGGCGUUUCAUGCUCAUUGAUGUCACGUCUCCCGCUUUCGUUUCUGUUGAUUUGCUCAUUGUAUGGACAACUUAUUGUAUUGUUACUGUUGCACAGUGUAAAACAUCAAAAUAAACCAUUUUUACACGUAA